AGACUGCAAGAGUUGUUAGUAAUUUUAAAUGACCUUUAAAAAGUCCACUUCAUAACCAUCUAACUGAGGGAGAUUAUUGAUCAAGAGCAGAACAAAGUUCAUCAACAGUUGACUCUAACUUUCUGGCCAAUCUUGGGCUUAGAGGCGGGGGAUAGAAUAAAUGCAAGAUGAUACAUAUGCGCUUCAGUUCCUCGGAGAAGAAACCGAGGUCGGUUCGGAGUUUUUUAGCAGGCAGGAGAGCAUUUCGCAAAAAUGGUUUCCCUAAAAUCUCCGUCCCUGAUGCCGGUGACCCGCGCGGAGGCGCUGCUCGCUCUGAGCUGCCUGGCUGUCGUUCUCCUCGCAUUCCUGCUGGUGCGCCAGCUCGUCAAGCAGAGGAGACCCCCUGGGUUUCCUCCCGGUCCAUCUCCCAUUCCAAUCAUAGGAAACAUUUUUUCUCUCGCCACUGAGCCGCACGUCUUUCUCAAGAGGCAAAGCGAAGUUCACGGGCAGAUUUUCAGUCUUGACCUGGGAGGCAUAAUGACCGUGGUAUUAAAUGGUUAUGAUUGUGUAAAAGAAUGCCUUUAUCACCAGAGUGAGGUUUUUGCUGAUCGCCCUUCUCUGCCACUAUUUCAUAAAAUGACCAAAAUGGGUGGUCUUCUAAACUGUAAGUACGGGAAAGGCUGGAUUGAUCAUCGCAAGCUGGCCUGCAACUCUUUCCGUUACUAUGGCAGCAGCCAGAAACUGUUUGAGCGAAGAAUCACAGAAGAGUGCAUGUUCUUAGUUGAUUCUAUUGACAAAUACAAGGGGAAACCCUUCAACCCAAAACACCUUGUAACCAACGCCGUGUCAAACAUCACCAAUCUGAUCAUCUUUGGCCAGCGUUUCACCUACGAUGACAGCAACUUCCAGCAUAUGAUUGAGAUCUUCAGUGAAAACGUGGAGCUGGCUGUCAGCGGCUGGGCUCUCCUCUACAACGCCUUUCCUUGGAUUGAAUAUCUGCCCUUUGGAAAACACCAGAAGCUGUUCCACAAUGCUGCUGAGGUGUACGACUUCCUGCAAAAGGUUAUAAUAGGAUUUUCCCAAGGCAGGGUGCCCCAUGCACCACGGCACUAUGUUGAUGCCUAUUUGGACGAGUUGGAGCAGAACGCAGGAGAUCCCAGGAGUUCUUUUACUUAUGAGAACCUCAUCUAUUCCGUGGGGGAGCUCAUUAUCGCCGGCACAGAGACCACAACCAACACCCUGCGUUGGGCUAUGCUGUACAUGGCCCUCUACCCCAACAUACAAGAGAGGGUGCACAGAGAGAUCGACAGUGUGCUGACCAAUGGGAGGCCACCUUCUCUCGAGGACAAGCACAGGAUGCCCUACGUGGAGGCUGUUCUGCAUGAGAUCCUUCGCUUCUGCAACAUUGUGCCUCUUGGUAUCUUCCGAGCCACCUCCCAGGAUGCAAAAGUCAAUGGGUACACGAUUCCUAAAGGAACCAUGGUGAUCACAAACCUCUACUCAGUGCACUUUGAUGAGAAGUACUGGAGCGAACCAGGAGUCUUCUUACCAGAAAGGUUUCUGGACAACAGUGGCAAUUUCAUAAGGCGUGAGGCCUUCCUUCCGUUCUCGUUAGGGAGGCGUCACUGUGUGGGUGAGCAGCUGGCCCGAAUGGAAAUGUUCCUAUUUUUCACCACAUUGCUGCAGAGGUUUCAUCUUCAGUUCCCUCCACGAACCGUUCCAACUGUAACUCCCAAACUUGGAAUGACCCUACAGCCCAAACCUUACUCCAUUUGUGCUAUCCGCAGGCAGCAGAGGUUUCAAUGCUCUGAAGGCACUCCUUACCACAAGUAGGUUCGUCAGCUGCAGUGCACAGAAUCACCUGUGCAUACUCAUCUUCUAAAAGGACUUUCGGUGAUCCAUAUGCCCACUGACAUCUUAACACAACAAUCGGUUUAUUCAAGUGAUAUAUAUAUUUUUUUAUAAGCAUAUAUGCAUGUUUGCACAGUACUUUUGACUAGCCGGGGAGGCACUAGGAGCUGAAUGGACAUCCUGGGAGCACGGAUGGGCUAUUGAUUUAAUUCCCUGAGCUCCUGCAACCAGAAACGAAAUGCCUGUGAACCUUGGCGCAGCGGCGAUGGUUUAGGUCAAUGAUUUAUAUUAUGUACACCAAUGAUGGGUCAUAUCACUGAUGUUGUAGGACAGCUUUGGAGAAAUUAAUGACACCAGCUAUUCAUACAGCAUUUGUCUGGCCAAAUGGGACUAACGGACUUUCCAAGAAAGUUCUGAACUGUGUAUUGGAAUUGGCUUUAGACCAAGAUUUACGUCAUCUGGACUGACUCUGAACCUUUCUCCAGGGAUAGUGCUAUGUGGAAAAUCUUUCUCUUAGAAAGCAAAUGCAACCCUGAUGGAUUUCUAGAAACUGACUUUGCAAUACUGGUUUUUGAUAAAUGGUGCUUGUCAGUACUAAUAAUGUACUGUGUUUAUAUGUAACAUGUUUGUUGUAUUUUUGGAAUCCUGGUAGUGUACAUGUUUAUUUUUUUGUGUGUAUUCAUAAAC